AGAAAAAAAAAAGAAAAAACAAAAAGAAGUCGGACUGUGAACUGACAAAAUGAUGCUGAGGGAGAGCCAAGAGGCGGCAUCAUCAUCGAGCGUUUGAAAUGUCUGCUGCAGCUGAUUUUUGGGCCACUAUGCCGGCAUUUUUUUCAAAUCCGUGCACCGUGAGAUUUUGCCGAAUAACAGGAGACCUGCACAGUCUCUGCCGCCGCUGCCGGUAUGUGAACGACCUCACUCACUGAAGGUAAUAAAAAAAAAAAAAAAAACCGGCUCGGUGUUUGCUCUUGAAUUUGUUUCUGCUUCUUUUUUUCUUCUUCUUCUCCUCACUCUCUUUCUCUCUCUUGCAUCAAAUUUGAUGCUGCGUGAGGCUGCUGGGCGAUGAUGCAUCGGUGGGGUCUGACGGUGUGAAUUCGCAUCCUAUCAAGUCUGUUUACCCUGUUAGGACCAAGGCAAUGUAAAUUCGAACAAUCGAGCCAGUUUUUCCUCACCCACCUUGCGACAAAUAGAAAAAAAAAAAAAUGCCUUAUUUCGACGCGAGGUGUGAGGAUGCCUGUAGCUGUGAUUGUGUCAUUGCUGCGGCACACUCCGGAGCUCCUCGGCUCAAGUCCGACACAACUAACCUCAGCUGAAGAGAAGACAGCAAGCUGGCAAGUGCUCCACCACCCAACAUAAGCCAUACGAGCCUUUGCAUGUAUGUGCGAAAAGGCCCAGACUGACUGACACUCUCGAGGGGGAGGCAUCUAUUGCACUGAGGUUUUGGGGUCUUCCCAAAGAACUGCCACAUCCUCAAAUCCGUCUGAGGACCGCUGUGAGCUUACAAGCUUCCUGAUGAUUUUUGGAGGGCAGCCCUGAUGCAUUUUGUGAGUGUGAAAACUCUAAGAGCCUUUUGCCAGGUCUGCAUCACCAGACAGGAGCCAGAGCAGACGGUAACUCUGUGUGUGUCAUGUUAGAGGCUGGACUCCUGCCUGCUCCCACCAGCUCUCAGCCAAAAUCUCUGACCUGCCCUGUCUGAGCCCUUUGUAUGAGCAUCACUGCUUUGCCACAACAGCACAACGGGAAGCAGUGUCAAGCAGUACCAACAAUUUGCAGACAUUACUGCUUGUGUGACUUCCUGAACCGGUUCCCCACACCCCCUGUCCCACCCCACAGCCCCUCAACUCUCAGAAAUAAGAGACACCGGAAACCAGGGUCAGGAUGCAGGUCUCCUUCGCCUGCACUGAGCACAACCUCAAGAGUCGCAGCGAGGACCGGCUUUGUGGCCUUCGCACCGCCCCGCCACCUGGAGGAAGCAGUGGAGGAGUAGGGGGCGGUGGUGGAGGAGGAGGAGGCGGCGGCGGCGGUGGUAGUGGAGGAGGAGGUGGUGGAGGAGGAGGUAGUGGACAAGGGAGUAAUGGCAACUACAUGUCCCAAGGCUCAGUCAAGACCAGGGAGGGGCCCGGGUCCCGUCAGACUCCACAGGGCCAUGCCCACAUGAAGGAGGCCAUCGGGCGCCACACCAGUAUGAAGUACAGGAACCUGGGGAAGUCAGGCCUCCGUGUUUCCUGCCUUGGGUUAGGGACCUGGGUGACAUUUGGAUCGCAGAUCUCUGAUGAGAUGGCUGAGAACCUGAUGGCCAUAGCGUAUGAGAAUGGAGUGAACCUUUUUGACACGGCAGAGGUGUAUGCCUCUGGAAGAGCGGAAAUCACUCUAGGGAACAUUAUCAAGAAGAAAGGAUGGAGGCGUUCAAGUUUUGUCAUCACAACAAAAAUCUAUUGGGGAGGCCAAGCAGAGACGGAGAGAGGACUCUCCAGAAAGCACAUCAUUGAAGGUUUAAGAGGAUCCUUAUCAAGACUCCAGCUAGAUUACGUGGACAUUGUUUUUGCGAACAGAAAUGACGUCAACAGUCCAAUGGAAGAGAUUGUACGGGCCAUGACCUUUGUAAUAAACCAGGGUAUGGCCAUGUACUGGGGAACUUCACGCUGGAGUGCCAUGGAAAUCAUGGAGGCGUACUCAGUCGCACGCCAGUUCAACCUGAUACCACCUGUGUGUGAGCAGGCAGAGUAUCACUAUUUCCAGAGGGAUAAAGUCGAGGUCCAGCUUCCCGAGCUCUACCACAAGAUUGGUGUUGGAGCAAUGACCUGGUCUCCACUUGCUUGUGGAUUAAUCACAGGGAAGUACAGCGACGGUGUACCAGAAUGCUCCAGAGCAGCAAUGAAGGGAUACCAGUGGCUGAAGGAACGAGUGAACAGUGAGGAGGGCCGCAGGCAGCUCGCUAAAAUCAAGGAGCUCCAUCUACUGGCAGACAGACUGGGCUGCACUGCUGCACAGUUAGCCAUAGCCUGGUGUCUGCGCAGUGAGGGAGUCAGCUCAGUACUUCUGGGAGUUUCUAAUACAGACCAGCUACUUGAGAACCUGGGUGCCCUCCGGAUUUUAUCUCAAAUGAACCCUCAAACCAUUACCGAGAUUGAUGCCCUGCUGGGAAAUAAGCCACACUCGAAGAAAGAGUCACGCGCUUGAAGAUGCAAAUCUGAGUGACAGAUGAUGUUUCAAGAAGAUGAAGAAGACAAUGACAUUGGGAAACAUUGCUUUUUGCUCUGCUGUAUACUCAACAACUUGCAUGUCCUCAGCAACAUUAUGCUUCCAGUAUGUGCGCAUAUCCAUUUUGCGCAGUACAUUGUAUCAUGUAUGAAAAAAAAAAAAUCUUUCAAUUGUGAAAAAAAAAACAGGUCAUAUAUUGCUCACUGCCGAUUGUUCACAGAUUAAUUAUUUCUACAGAGGGGGAGGCUAAAACAGGUUGGAGUGACAUGUUUCUGCAAUCCACAGAGACCAAGAGAGGUUGAAAAAUAUUCAACAGAUUUGACUCUUGUUAAUGAAAUGUUCUAAAGUGAAAAAAAAAAACACACCUAUGUGCUAAAAAUGAAACUUUACUGCGUUAACGGUGCUUUCAUUGGAGUCCCCCCUCCCCUCGCAGCUGCCUGUUAUUCUGUAUGAUGUUUAGUACCCAGCAGCCAGAGAGCCAAAGGUUAGUACUCAUGUGUCUAGCCUAACAUCUCCCAUAGUGUGCAUGUGACUGGUCUGCCACGCUCACUGCUUUACAGGGUUGGGAACAAUGGAUUACUUGUAGAGUCAUUACAGUGAUGUGACUUUAAAAAAAGACUUAAUCCAUUCUGGUAUUACUUUUUUUAAAAAAAAGAGGAUCAGAUCACAUGCUUUAAAAAAAAUAGGCCCAUUCAUUUAAAGCAGCAAGACAGAAACUAACACAUUUUACACUGAAAUAAUAACUGAUUGUGGCUCAAGUUACUUGAUCUAAAUUGCAAAUAAUUAUUACUGAACUGGCUUUUAAAUUAAAGUAUCUCAGUGCACUAUGUUUUUACGAUUUAAAAUUGUCAAUCAAGUAUAGUAGGUGAUUUUGAAAGUAACUCUCCCAACCCUGCUGCUUUCUCGGCAGUCUUUUUGCCUCUUCUGUUUGUAAACUGUGCGCAUGUCCCUUUAAGAGAGAAUAGCCCUAACAGGGUGUAAAUGUGGCAUGGCUUUUAUGGCUUAUGUAGAUUUGCAGUGCCCUUGUAAGCCAUUUUUUACUCUAAAUGGUCUGGCAGUUUGAUUCAGGAUCCGUGCUGGUGGGCACUUUUGCUUUAAAGACUCUCUGCAGUCUGCAGACACAGCUGUGUGUCCAUCUGACAUAUAAUCUUUGUAUUGUCCUAAACUGUAUCAAAAGAUGUUCACGUCACUUUCAAUGAUGCCAUUCUUGUGAAGAGCAUCAUUGUUCCUAAAUCAGAGGUUUGAGACAGUUGGACUAUAUGGAAAGGUCACUGAGCGUCUGACACAAAGAUCUGGACACACUGUGGUGAACUAGUAGUUUUCCAAUGAUAGGACAUAAAUGAUACGUCUGAGUUUAUCAAAUGUGAUAUUACUCUUGCCACAGGUCACUUGGGGUAAGAUUUAGCAAAUGUAACUUUUUUUUGUGGAAGCCUAUAAAUAUAGCUUCUCUGCUCAUUUC